AUGAAUAAAAUGCGGGGAGUCGCAUUGUUUGUGUUCGUAGCAGUUCUUCUGAUUGUCGGCUCACUCGAAGCUGAAGCACUCCACUCUCUAGGAAAUGAGCGACAGGGUCAGCGACGGAUCCUGUCGCAGGGCUCGUCAAAUUUCAUCAAGAAGCCGACUAUCUUCGUCACCGCGAGCGGCAGCAACGCGGAGUCGACCAUUCGGAGCGCAAUAGCUCAAGCAAACUCCAAAACAGCCAUGGUGGAGGUGACGCUCAAGAGUGACAUCACGCUUACCAGUGGGUUCCCUGCCCUCGGUUUCGCUUCCGGAAUCAUUCUGAAAGGCGCCUGUGACAACAGAAAUAAUAAAGUUUGCAUCGUCGACGGUAACAAGAAGUUUCGCAUAUUCUCGGGUAACUUCGCGUGCGGCAUCGUGCUGGAGAACCUGGUGGUGCAGCACGCGCUCAACGGCGUGCACGUGGGCGCGUGCCAGUUCGCUGCGCGCCGAGUCACGUUUCAGCACAACAUCGCGGACAAGACCUCCACUGGAGGGGCUGUCUUUAACUCUCGGGACAGCUCACCCACUGCUGGAUCCCCCCUGCAGCUCACCACGUGCUUCUUUUUCAACAACACUGCCGCCGGCAAUGGUGGCGUUAUCAACGUGGGGAGGGACCCAACGGGAGGGCCCGAUGUGAAGAUUGCUAAGUGCACUUUUAGUAAAAACUCGGCGGGAGGCAGUGGCGGCGCGAUUUAUUCCGAAGGGAGUGAGCUUUACCUGCGCCAGUCGACAUUCUCCCAGAACACUGCUGUUCGUGGCGGCGGUGCCAUUCUCACCACGAGCCCCUACCUCACAUCCAUCGGUACGCGCUUCUCCGCCAACACAGUGAUGAACGGCCGCGGCGGUGCCAUCUCCAUGCAAGCAGAGCACGCAGUGGUGCAGUUCUGCAACUCCAACUUCCGCCGCAACAGGGCUCCGGUGUACCCUGUCUCGAAUGACAUGAACGCUGGGACGACUGACGGCACGGUUACCGCAUGUGGGAGCACAGGGCCCAGGAGAAUAAGGAAGACGCCCGCUUUGAAGGAAGUCCAGAGCUGCAGUGGCUGCACGGGCUGCUCUGGCGAUUGCAAUGGCCGCGGCACCUGCGCACUGGACUCAGAUUUCAACCCCUACUGCAAGUGCCAGAACCAGUUCGACCCGGCCAAAGCCUGCACUGUGUGCAAGCAGGGGUAUACGAUCGAGUCCAAGUGCGUUGCCUGCGCUGAGGGGUUCUUUUCAGGCCAGAAGGGGCGCUGCACCGUGUGUGGCACCGUGGAUAAGAUUCGGGAUCUUACAGGCGAGCUCUCUAACCUGAACAAUGCCACAAAGGCUGCUUCGGCAAAGAGGUGUCAGCAGAUGUGCCAGAGGGCGCAGUCACAGACGAAGCAGUACCCCAACUACUGCAACCUUUGGGCCUUCGUUGAGAACAGUUACAAGGUUCCAUCGUGUCGAGGCAGUUGCCUUCUUUUCGAGGACGAUUCGGAGUGUGGGGUGCGCAACGUGACGCGAGAUGCAAAGAGGAACGUUGUCUACCAAUUCAUGGAGCCCAGUUUCCUUAACUGCGACUAG